AUGUCUACAUACGCUGAUAAAUACUUCCCUGGUGAGCCAGAUGCUCCAAAGGUUGUUACCAAGACCAUUCCAGGUCCAAAGGGUGCGGCUGCUAUCAAGUCUCUAUCUGAGGUUUUUGAUACCAGAUGCCUGACUUUCCUUGCUGAUUACAGCAAGUCAUGCGGUAACUUUAUCGUCGAUGCUGACGGAAACGUUCUUUUGGAUGCUUACUGUCAGAUCGCUUCCAUUGCUAUGGGAUACAACAACCCUAAUUUGAUUAAGGUUGCCAAAUCUGAAAAGAUGCUCAGAGCUCUUGUUGACAGACCAGCAUUAGGUAACUUCGCUGGUGUUGAUUACGAGGAAAUCCAGAGGGAUAUUCUCAAGUACGCACCAAAGGGUCAAAAGUACGUCUGGAACGGAUUGUCCGGUGCAGAUGCUAAUGAGUUGGCCAUGAAAGCUGUUUUCAUGAACUACCAAUCCACGAGGAGAGGUUAUGACAAGCCAUUUACCGCAGAGGAGAAGAAGUCCUGCAUGCAAAACUUACCACCUGGAAAUCCAGAGUUGGCAGUUCUAUCAUUCAAGAGAUGCUUCCACGGUAGAUUAUUUGCAACAGCUUCCCUAACGAGAUCGAAGCCAUUACACAAGAUGGAUAUGCCAGCAUUCCAUUGGCCAACCGGUGAAUUCCCAUCUUACAAGUACCCUCUUCCAGAAAAUGUCGAAUACAACAAAAAGGAAGACGAGAGAUGCUUGAAGACUGUUGAGGACCAGUUCAAGAACUGGCACUGCCCAAUUGCCGCUGUUAUCGUUGAACCUAUUCAAUCCGAAGGUGGUGACAACCAUGCAGAUGCAGCUUUCUUCCAGGGUCUUAGAGACAUAACCUUGAAAUAUGGUGCUAAGCUCAUUAUUGAUGAGGUUCAGACUGGAUGCGGUGGUACCGGUAUUAUGUGGGCACAUGAGAGAUACAACAUUACUCCACCUCCAGAUCUUGUCACCUUCUCCAAGAAGAUGCAAUCAUCUGGUUACUUCUUCCAUGACCCAGAGAUGGUGCCAAACUUGCCAUACAGACAGUUCAACACCUGGUGCGGUGAUCCAAAGAACAUUAUAAUGGCUGGUGCCAUUAUGAAGGAGAUCAACGAGCACGGUUUACUGCCCGCAUUGAGAGAGACAGGUCUUUACUUCUAUUCCAAGUUGGAGGAAUUACAGAAUAAAUACCCACAGAUUCUCAGCAACUUGAGAGGUAAAGGUAAGGGAUGCUUCUUAGCAUUUGAUAUGCCAACUCCUGAGAAGAGAGCUAAGUUCCUAUCCGAUAUGAGACUGAACGGUGUCAACAUGGGAGAUUGUGGCCAGCUAGGUGUCAGAUUAAGACCAGGCUUAACCUUCAACAAGAAGCAUGUUGAUAUCUUCAUUCCAAUUAUGGACAAGGUUCUUUCUAACCUAUAA